CCUCCGGUCCACACAAAGCCCGUCCGCUGCGCUCUAGUACCUGCGCAGGCGCGCAUCCGUCUACUCCGCACCCCCCGUGCACCUCUGCUAUCCUCGCAUCACCGUAGAGAAGCAGCCAGUAUGGACACGACACCAGCAGACGCGGGGCUGAAGCAGCGGCAUCCGCCUGCAUCCGUACCGCCACAAGAGAAGCAGACAAACGGGCGACCCAAGCUGUCUGCACGAACGCCGUCAAAUCACCCAGGCGGAAGGGUCAAGCAUGGCGCCUUCAUGCAGUUCCUGCGCAUGUGUGCCUUCGCCGCCUACUUCAAUGGAAGCAUCGUGGCCAUAUUCGUGACACAGGCUAUCGGCGCGCCGUUGUACUACUACAGCAAAGACGUCUUCUACGCUUGGAUGGCCAUGACCAAGCAGCACUUUGGCAUCGUCGUCACGACCAUGACAUACUGGUGGGCGCCCGUCAAGAUGAGAAUCAGCGGGGACGCGAGCGUCCGCGGACAACUCCGCAGAACAGAAGACGGGCGCAUAGAAUGCGACUUCCCCGAGCGCAUGGUCUUGAUCUCCAACCACCAGAUCUACACAGACUGGGUCUACCUCUGGUGGAUAGCCUACACCUCCUCCAUGCACGGCCACCUCUACAUCAUCCUCAAAGAAUCCAUAAAAUACAUCCCCAUCCUCGGCACCGGCAUGAUGUUCUACGGCUUCAUCUUCCUGUCCCGAAAAUGGGCCACCGACAAGCAGCGUUUCCAAUACCGGCUCAAGAAACUCAGCACGCGCCAGGAAGCCGCCGUCACCGACGCGAACCCCAGAGGCCUGAAUCCAAUGUGGCUGCUUAUCUUCCCCGAAGGCACAAAUCUGUCUAGCAACGGGCGCAUCGCAAGCAAGAAAUGGGCGGACAAGAACGACAUCCCAGAUCUGCGACACGCGCUUCUACCUCGUUCGACGGGCCUGAGCUACUGUCUCCAGGAGCUGAGAGAUACAGUGGACUACAUGUACGACUGCACGCUCGCCUACGAGGGCGUGCCUGUCGGCCAGUACGGACAGGACCUGUUCUCCCUCCGGGGCUCGUACUUCCAAGGCCGGCCCCCGAAGAGCGUAAACAUGCACUGGCGCCGUUUCGCCACCAAGGACAUCCCGCUCGGCGACGAAAAGGUGUUUGGCGACUGGUUGCUCGAGAGGUGGCGCGAGAAAGACGAGCUGCUGCAGUAUUAUAUUGAGAACAAUAAAUUCCCGGCUGACGACGGUGUGAGCGCAGACGAGCAUGGGAAUGAGGUAAGGGGUGCCGGCUGGAUUGAGACGGAGGUCAGGCCUGCAAAGUGGUUUGAGUGGGUGCAGGUUUACGUUCCGACGGCGGCGGUGGGGCUGUUGUUGAAUGUGGUGUUGAAGAUGGUUGGGAUGGUGCUGAGGGUGCUGCACCUUAGGUGAGACGGCCGUGAGCGGUAAGAUGUGAGCUUUGAAUACAGUAUCGCAACGCUUGGAUAGUAGUAGAGGGGUAGAGGAGAAGGAACGUUUAUGUAGAUAGACGAUGUUGCAUUACUGGCCACUGGUUUUGCGGGACGUAGAUGGCUUGAUACCCUGUUCAUUCUCCUCUCUCCAUGAGUUGAGUUGCCUGCAAUGACUGUCCUCGCU